ACAUGCUAUAGUCACUCUUUUCCCUCCUCCAGAAGAGUACACAAUCCCCCAGUCCACCUCACAAUUGUCUCUCACGGGGAUAUCGAAAACCGCUGUGUCGCUCACCGUCCAGGCGUUUUAACAGCAGAAGACGUAUGCAAAUGCUUUGGAAGUAUAUAUGGAUGUACAUACCGAUUGUACAACAGGAACAGGAAGUUGGCACGAGACAGGCUGGUGGCGGAGAUGACGGAGUUGAACUUGAGGCCUGUUGAGAAGGAAGAACAAACUCACCCUGAGGAAGAA